AUGAGCAGCGAGAUCGAGACUGUCGAUGGGCCGGCGAAUGCAGUUUUAGUUGGUGCCUUCAUUCUGAUUUUCAUUUUCGUUUACGAAAAUACCAUUUUCACGAUGAAUGUGAAUUCGUCCAAAAACAAUGCCACUUCUAAAAUCCAGCUCCAUAAAGAGCCGAACAUUGGAAACAGCUGUCUUCCUUUGCUUUCAGAUAUGGGGGUACUGAAAAGAAAGUAUGGCGAGCUGGAAGAGGAUACCAAUUAUUCCUCUUCCUCUGCUUCAUCCCCAUCUUCAUCGUUCAACUCGUCUUCAGGAAGCGAGUCAGAUGAGGAAUAUUAUGUCAGUGCCAGGCCAUUAAUCAACGACUUCACUCCUACAUCAAUUUUAAAGAAAGCAAAGCGUGUUAAGAAGAAUAAAGUGGAAUUCGACAGGGUGGUUGUGUUUUACUUUCCACGAUGCCAAGGCUUCACAAGCGUUCCCAGUCGAGGAGGGUGCACCCUCGGUAUGCGCCACAGACACAGCUAUUGCAGACAGUUCACAUUGGAAGAGUUCUCAAAGGAACAACUCAACCGACGAAGGGAGAGACUAAAGGAACAGUUAAAAGAGGAGAAAUUAAUGUCGUUGAGGAAUAUGUUAACAAUGAAUGGUGUGUUAGAGUCUGAAAAAGCCAAUAACCUUUCCAUUGAUGACAUUUGUGAUGAGGAUAUUGACAUGACUAAUGCAGAAAUUGAAGAUGGCUUCUGUCCCCGAAUGUACCCUGCUAAGAAACGACGAGCACUACUCAAGAGAGAAGGGGUUAAGAUUGACAAAACUGAAAAACGGGAGCUCAAUGAAAUUCGGAAAUCCAGAGAAGACUGUGGUUGCAACUGUCAAGACUUUUGUGAACCAGAAACAUGCAGUUGUAACUUGGCCGGAAUAAAGUGUCAGAGGGACCAUUCAACGUUCCCUUGUGGUUGCACAAAAGAUGGUUGUGGCAAUAGGAAUGGAAGAGUGGAAUUCAAUUCAUCCCGAGUUCAAACUCACUACAUCCAUACUGUUAUGAAGCUCAAACUUGAGGAGAAGCAACAAAGGGAGAUCAGCACAGAGCCAGAGGAAUUGUGCAAUGAGCGAAUUAAAUCUUUUGUUUGCCCCCCUGCAUUCGAACCCAGGAAUGAUGAAAGGACCGUUCCUUUAACCACUCCAUAUCAGUUCAGCAUGAACUUGGAUACUCUUGGGUGAGAACAGUGCAGUAGUGAUACAACUGAUACAACUGAUGUCUCUACAUCUUCCAAUCAAAGUGAAGAAUUUGAAGUAUGUAUGAGCCCAGAACACCAACAACUAGAUGUUGAUGAUGAUGAUCUUGCAAGGAUUCUUCGAUUUGAUGAGUCAGAGUAUGACGGGAAUAGCAGUGACUGCCAGGACAAUCUGAGUAUUUUCCAUCCAGCAGACUUUUUUAGUGAUAAUGUUUACCAGCCUUUGCCUAACACAGACGAGCUUGCAAUUAUCAAUUUGCUUGAGUCCUUCAACUCUCCUUCUAUGUGUAUGGAUGAGAAUGCUAAUCAAGAUUCAUCAGGAUUUUCAGAUGAUGCAUUGUCUUUGACCACCUCUAGUGAAUCUAUAGAUUUAUCACAAGAGGGAAACAGCAUUCUAAAAGUUGAUGCUGAUAGUGUUAUUUCCUCGGACUCCUCCUCUUUGUUUUUUCCUGAUUACAACUUGGGACCUCUUUACAAUUCACUUAAGGAAUAUGAGAAUUUAGACUAUUUGUCAUUUCAGCUACCUAAUCUUGGAAUAUCCCAAUCCUGUGACCAGACUACAAACUUUUUAGAAUCUUUAAUAUCUCAGUCUGAAACCAUUCCAGAUAAUCUUGUUCCUUUCACAGACAAUCAAUUUCUUGAAGAUGCCUUUAAGUCAUCUCUUAUGGAAACUAUGGACAGCCUAAAAAAAAGGAACACUAAUUUAAACUGGCAAUUAUUAUACAUGUUACAGCAAUGAAAAAUGAGGGAAUCUUUCUAUUACGUGGGAAAAAAUAUAAUUUUUGGCCUUUAGAAGAAGGAUACAAAAAAACUGCCACAGAAAUUUCUUUACUAGUUUGGAUAGAACAAAAUAUUUUUUUCUAAACAAGUGAAUUGUAUAAAGACUUCACAUAAUAUUAUGUUUGUAGACCUAUGAAAACUUAUUCUUUAUUAAUGCACAAACCCUUAGAAACUUUUUGUGCUUUUAAAACAAAAAUUUAUACUUGUAUUUAUUGUAAAAAGAAACCUUUUUGCUUAAGAAGUAGUGUGCACUACUCCAGUUUACAAAAAGAAAAAAAAAAACAUACUUUUAUACAGAACUUUUUAUUUAUUGCAAAUUCCAGGAAUGAAUUAUAAGCUUGAACUAGCAUGAAUUUUUAUUUAAAAAAUGAAAAUACCUCAGAUGUAUUAUGAGUACAAUCAUGUUUGUUUGUUUUUUUUCUCCCAUAAUAUAUCUGUAUUAUUUAUAAUUUUUAUUUCUGUACUAAAUAGAUAUACUGUUCUUAUCUUUCCUUUACAUUCCAGAAGUGCAAUAGUAAGUCAUUUUAAACUGAUUUCCAUACACUGAUCCUUGGAUUUUUUAUAUUUUUAAAGAGCACAAUGUUUGUGAAGGUAAUAAAAAGAAACAGUAUUUUUAUUUUUUAUUUUUUCUUGCCAUAUAAUAUCUUGUUGGAUAAAAUGCAAUCCUAUUCAGGUGGCUUGGCUGUAUCUUCAAAAUAAGCCAUACAUUUUAAAAGAAUAAUAUGAUACUAUAUUUAACUUUGUUCCAUAAAUUAUUUUAAUUUAUUUGAUUUGUCAGGAUUUGGCCAUGAUGAUUAUUAUGUUAUUUUUAAUAUUUAAAUUAAAAAUUAGCAAGAUGUAGUGGAGUGUGAUAACCCUAAUGUAUAGGAUGUACAAGGUGGAAAUGCAGAAAAAAACCUAAAACAAGUGUUCCUUAUGAAGUCUAAAGGGUUUCAUUUUAUCUUUGAACAAUAGUUCAGGCUAUUUAUAUAUAAAUAUUUUUUUAUAACAAAAUUAUUCUCAUAUGUAUUAAGACAAAAUAAUAACAUUGGGCUAUUUAUUGGUUAAAAUCAAAUUAAUGGAUUUUAAUUUUAAAUUCAGUUGUAUUAUUUAAAUAAAUCUUUAAAAUCCAUUUAAGCUUUAAAAUCUUAAGAGAUCUAUUUUAAGUAAUAAUGUUAAUAGAUUGGAAGUUUCUGGUAUACUGAAAACAUUACACCUUCUUCCUUUUUUUUUUUUUUUUUUAAGUAAACUAAUAGUCUUGAAAACCAUGCCAUUUAUAUUGCUAUUCUGCCAAUGUGAAAACAGGCUUAGAAAACCACCUACUACUGUGCCCGUCCAGUAUCACAAAAUAUUAGUUUUAAAUACGUCAU